UCGCAUAACCAGAUCCGAACGCUACCCAACGAACUGGGAAACCUUACACACUUGCGCGUCUUGAACCUUUCAUACAAUCGUAUUGUCGCUCUUCCGAAUUCCAUUCAUCGACUCAACCGACUACGCGCUGUCAACGUGAGCCAUAACCAACUCCACACGUUACCGGCAUCCAUGUGCACUUUGGACGACCUUUGUGUUCUGAUUGUCAACAAUAACUCACUUGUCCAUUUACCCUAUCAGCUGGGUCGUCUCAAACGGCUAGCAACAUUCCAUAUCGGGGACAACCCGUUAUUGACCUCUUUGCCGGCCGAGAUAGCCGACAUGCCCUCCAUAAGAAAACUCAUGGCCGAUCAUUGCGGGUUUCCCGAGACAGUACCAUUGAGGCUACCACACGAUCCCCCAUCACUCGUAGAAACAUGUGCCAGGCAAUUGAUCAAACUGAGGUAUAGCAACGCCACCGGCAGCAGCAAAAUAGCGCCUUAUCUGGCAACCGCUAAAACUUGCUCGGUCUGCAAGGGCCCCUACUUUGAUGCGUGUGUGCGUCAUCAUCGCAUGGUCGAUCGAUCCGGGACGUCGAUAGCAAUAGAAUACAGAUUGUGCUCCCUGCAUUGGACGACCGAGGAGGAUCGUCUGCUCUAUACUUUUGGAUGUCGUCAGGUUAUGCCG